AUGCUCGUCUGCGCUAACUUUAAGCCCGGGCGCGCCUCGCCGCGCCGCGCGCGCCGCGCCGCAAUGGCCCUCAGCCGGCGCGACGGGCGGGGCGGAGGCGGCGCCGGACGUGGCGCCCGCUUCGCCGCCCCGCCGCCGCUCCGGCUCCACUGGCUGCGCCUGGUGCCGUUCCCUUCUCUCUUCCGCUCGUUUAGCUUUUUUGUUCAUUCUGUCGAUCGAUGGUUACUUAUUCCUUCUUUCUCUCUUGUUCCUUUUCUCCUCUCGUGUCCUCCAUCAUUUUCCUUCCUUUACUCUUUUACCUCGUGGAAUGCCCUUUUUUAUCACCCCCUCCCCCCGCUUUCCGCCUCCCACUUCCUCGCCCCGUGUUCGUGCUACUCCUCCCACCUCGUGCGGCCCUGCCGCUGCCCCUGCGCAGGCGGGCAACAGGUGGCGGCGGCGGCGGCCGGCGCGGCGGCGGCGAGCGGCGGCGGAGCGGCGAGCGGCGGGGGCCGGGGUCGCGGCGACGGACGCCAGCGCCGCACACAGCCCGCGCCGCCGCCGCCGCCGCCGCCGCCACCCGCCACCACAGCGGGGAGGGCGCCGCCUUGCGGUGAGUGCGCCGACGGACGCAGCCGCUCCGACCGUCGCCUGGCGAAAGCGUCUUCGCGCGCCGCUCGCACUCCGCGGCGAGUGGUGGCGCAAAGUCAUCGGCAGCCACGGACAGCGCGGCGUCCGGCGCUCCUACGCUUGACGCCCGCCUGGGGCCAGCGCCAAGGCCGCCGCCGCACGCCGACGACGCCGGACCCGGCGACCGCGGCGCGCGCGCGACGCGCAGGCCGGCCGGCUGCCGUCAUGUACGGGCUGCUGCUGGAGAACCUGUGCGACUACAUCAAGCAGGUGUAUGGCGAGGAGCGCUGGGAGGAGAUUCGGCGGCUGGCGGCCGUGGAGCAGCCCUCGUUCUCCGUGCACCAGGUCUACUCGGAGACUCUCAUCCCGCGCCUCGCUAAGAAGGCCAUCCAGGUGCUGGGCGUGUCGGAGCGCGAGUUCUUCGACCAGAUGGGCGUCCACUUCGUGGGCUUCGUGUCGCAGUACGGCUACGACCGCGUGCUCUCCGUGCUGGGCCGGCACAUGCGCGACUUCCUCAACGGGCUGGACAACCUGCACGAGUAUCUCAAGUUCUCGUACCCGCGCAUGCGCGCGCCGUCCUUCAUCUGCGAGAACGAGACGCGCGAGGGCCUCACGCUGCACUACCGCAGCCGCCGCCGCGGCUUCGUCUACUACACCAUGGGCCAGAUCCGCGAGGUGGCGCGCCACUUCUACCACAAGGAGAUGCGCAUCGAGCUGGUGCGCGAGGAGCUGCUGUUCGACACGGUGCACGUCACCUUCCAGCUCACCUUCGACAACCGCGCCUUCACGCUCUCCUCGCUCACCAUGACGCGCGAGGAGCGCCACCUGCCCAUCUCCGCCUCCAUGCUCUUCGAGAUCUUCCCCUUCUGCAUCGUCUUCGGGUCGGACAUGUUGGUGCGCAGCAUGGGCAACUCGCUGAUGGUGAUCCUGCCUGACCUCGUGGGCAAGCGGAUCACCAACUGGUUCGACUUGGUGCGGCCGCUCAUUGCCUUCAAAUUCGAGACGAUCCUGAACCGCACCAACAACAUCUUCGAGCUGGUGACGGUGGAGCCGGUGCUGCCGGAGCGGGGCGAGCGGGAGCGCGAGCGCGCGCGCGGCGAGGUGCCGCUGUCGGACGAGGCCGACGCGCCGGGCGACGAGCGCAACCUGCGCCUCAAGGGGCAGAUGAUCUACAUGGACAACUGGAUGAUGAUGAUGUACCUGGGCACGCCCGUGAUGCCCGACCUCAACUCGCUGAUCGCCACGGGGCUGUACAUCAACGACCUGAGCAUGCACGACUUCAGCCGCGACCUCAUGCUGGCCGGCACGCAGCAGUCGGUGGAGCUGCGGCUGGCGCUGGACCAGGAGCAGCAGAAGAGCAAGAAGCUGGAGGAGAGCAUGCGCAAGCUGGACGAGGAGAUGCGCCGCACCGACGAGCUGCUCUACCAGAUGAUCCCGCGCCAGGUGGCCGACCGCCUGCGCCGCGGCGAGAACCCCAUUGACACCUGCGAGGCGUCGGUGCGCAACAGGCCCGAGCAGGCGUCGGGCGCGGGGGGCCCGGUGUGCGCGCAGGUGGAGACCAUCGGCGACGCCUACAUGGUGGUGUCCGGCGCGCCCGAGAAGGAGCCCAACCACGCCGAGAAGGUGUGCGACAUGGCCCUCGACAUGGUGGAGGCCAUCACCGACCUCAAGGACCCCUCCACGGCUGACAGCCUGUGGAACUGUGUGGCAGGGACGCACCUGCAGAUCCGCGUGGGCGUGCACUCGGGCGCCGUGGUGGCGGGCAUCGUGGGGCUGAAGAUGCCGCGCUACUGCCUGUUCGGCGACUCGGUGAACACGGCGUCGCGCAUGGAGUCCACGUCCGAGGGCAUGAAGAUCCACAUCUCGCAGUCCACGCGCGACCUCCUCGGCCCCGCCUACCGCGUGGCGCCCCGCGGGGAGAUCUUCGUCAAGGGCAAAGGCUCCAUGAAGACGUACUGGCUGGAGCGGCGCGACUUUCGCGUGCCGCUGGCGCGCGGCUGCUCGGCGUCCGGCCUGCGGGCGCACCGCGACACCGUCACCACGCCGCACGACCUGCCGCCGCCGCCCACGCGCACGCCCACGCCCGCGCUCACGCCCGCGCCCGUGCCGGUGGCCGCGCACGCCACCUGCCAGCCUACGUGCGCUGCCCGCCGCCCU